GGGCGGCUCCGUGUGCCGGAGCUGUCCAGCACUUCAGCAGGGGCCGCGCCGGGGCCGCGCGGGAGGGGCCGCGGCCGCGGGACCCCCGGCACCCCCGGCUCCCCCUGCUCCCCGGGCUCCCCCGGCACCCACCGGCACCCCCGGCACCCCCCGGACCGACAGCGACCCAGCGGGGCCGGGCCCAGCGGGACGGCGGGGCGAGGGACCCCAGGCUGUGCUGGGGAGGGUUUGGCUGAGGAGAUUUCAAACCCUGCGGGUGUUGCACGAGGGAAGGAGAGGGGGCAAGGCUUGGCAGCAAGGAACCACAGCAGCAACUCAACCGCUCGUCUUUUGGGAGUGUUUUGUGCUUCUCCUUCCCAGAUCAGGAGGCAAUCAUGGCUCUCUACAACAAUGGGGCUGACGUGCCUUCGCCCCAGGAAGCCUCCAACGGCUUCCCCCAGCCCGGUGCCUCAGGAACGUGGCACAAGGGCGAGGAGGAGGUGAGGCUGGUGGAGCCCAGCGUGGUGAAGAAGGCUCACCGGGAAAUCCUGGACCACGAGCGCAAGCGGCGCGUGGAGCUCAAGUGCAUGGAGCUGCAGGAGAUGAUGGAGGAGCAGGGGUACUCCGAAGAGGAGAUCCGACAGAAAGUGGGGACCUUUCGGCAAAUGCUGAUGGAGAAGGAGGGUGUGCUCACCAGGGAGGACCAGCACGGGCGCCACAUUGUGAUAGAAAACCACCACGGGGCAGAUGGGGAGGAGUACGAGGUGGAGUACCCUGGCUAUGGAGAGGGCUGCCUGCUGCAGUGCGACUGCUCGGCCGAGUGCUACCGCGAGGACAGCGGCCACCGCGAGUACAGGUUGAAAAGACGCUCGAGCAGCUCCACCUCUCCUCCACCCAAGAAGAAAAAGAAGAAGAAAUCAGGUCACCGCCGGAGCCGCAAAAAGAGGAAACCCGGCUCAGAGCGCAGCUGUGACAGCUCUUCACCCAUCCGCAAGGAAAAGAAAAAGAAGACUGGAAAGAAACACAGACGUGACAGGUCUGAGUCGGGGUCACGAAAAAAGAGAAGACACAGGUCCCGAAGCCCCAAGAACAAACGGAAAGAGAAAAACAAAGAGCGCAAGAGGUCCCGCAGCGAGUCCCCGGCCUGGCGCUCGCACCGCCGCAGCUCCUGCAGCUCCCACAGCGCCUCGCUCUCCUCCGACGACAGCGGCUCGAAAUCCCCGGGCAGGCUGAGCCCCAAGCGCCGGCAGGAUGGCCCCAAGGGCAGCAGCGCCCGCUCCAGCCGCAGCCCGUCCUCGCCCUCGCCGCAGCGCUCGGCCUCGCCGCACCAGAACGGGCACAAGGGCAGCGCCCAGAACGGCCGCCACAGCCACGGCGCCGCGCUCCCGGAGCCCUCGGAUAGGCCGGCCUCGGCGUCGCCCUCUCCGCGGGCUCACGGCAGGACGGAGCCGCCGUCCCCCCGCUGCCGGGGGGCUCGACACGGCGCCCGCAGCCCCCGCUCGCCCACGCCCGAGCGGGCCAAGCACGGCCACCGGCACCGCUCCCGCAGCGCCUCGCCGCCCUCCCGGCACCGCGGCCCCAGCAAGGGGCGGCCCGCGGCGCCCCGGGAGCCGCCGCCCAGCCCCGCCGGCUACAGCAGCGACUCGGAGGGCUCGGCCGGCUCCCAGCCCUACCACCCGCCCGCCGGCCCCGACAGGAACCACGGCGCGCACGGCAAGAAGGUGAAGGAGCGGCACCACCGGGGCCGGCCCAACAGCAGCUCGGAGUCGUCGGCCAAGCACUCCCGGCACGCCUCGGAGCGCAGGAAGAGCCCGUCGCCCAGCCCGGGCCAGCGCAGCAGCUCCUGGAGCUCCAGCGGCUCCCUCUCCAAGUCCCGCUCCCGCUCCCGGGAGAAGAGAGCAGGACGCAGCCGCUCCCGCUCGCCCUCGCCGAAAAAGCCAGCCAGCAGAGAGAAGGACAACGAGCCCCGAACACGUCACGGUGAUCCCGAUCCCGCCCGCCCCCGGCGCCGCUCCAGGAGCUACUCCCCCAUCAGGAAGAGGAGACGCGACUCCCCGAGCUUCAUGGAGCCCAGGAGGAUCACCAGCGCCCGCAAGCGCCCCAUCCCCUACUACCGGCCCAGCCCCUCGUCCUCCAGCUCGCUGAGCACCUACUCGUACAGCCGGAGCCGCAGCCGCAGCUACGCCAGCUCCAGCUCCAGCCGCUCCCGCAGCCGGACUCGCAGCCCCCCCAGCCGCUCCCGCAGCCCCAGCCGCAGCCCCAGCUACAACAGCCGCAGCAGCUCGGAGAGCGCCGGCUUCUGAGCGCCGAGAGCCCCGAGAGCCCAGCUCUGCCCCCCCCGUGCCACCCGCGCCCCUCGAGGGACGCGACCAGCGCUGGGAAGGAGCCGGGGGAUGCCAAGGACGGGGCCGGCAGCGGGGGAAAGCACGGACGGGAACU